AUCCAGCCUGUGCAGCUCUGAGCGGCAGCUGGUCUGCGCAGCACAUGGACGGAGGAGAACCGGACUUAAAGCGAUCCGGAUCCACGGAAUGACAGAGUGAGAGUCUGAAGAGGAAGAAGAGAAGACCAGCAGAGACUCUGUGUGUUCUGGAAGCUUCUGAGUCCCUGUGAGAGCCUCAGCAUCAGCUAUCAGUAAAAUGGAUUGUCACGAAAAAGAAAUUCUCCCUGGAAAGACUCUACCUGUGGUCAUCAUCGGUAAUGGCCCAUCAGGGAUCUGCCUGUCCUACCUGUUGUCAGGUUACACCCCCUACCUGUCGCCCGAGGCAUCACACCCCAACCCGCUGCUGAACAGCAAGCUGGCGGAGCAGCCUCACCUGUCUCUGCUGGAGCAGGACCUGGAGUACCUGUGUGAAGGUUUGGAGGGCCGGUCGUCCAAUCCGGUGGCAGUGCUCUUUGAUUCGUUGCUGCUGCCCGACAGCGACUUCGGGUUGGACCACAAGUCUCCCCUGGAGUGGAGAUACGAGCCGGAGCGAGCCAUCCCUCACCUGGUGCUCGGGAAGGGUCCACCUGGAGGAGCCUGGCAUGCGAUGGAGGGCUCCAUGCUGACUCUGAGUCUGGCGAACUGGAUGGAGCUUCCUGGACUCAAACUGAAGGACUGGAUGAGAGAGAAACGCAGAAAUGUUCGUAACGACCGUGCCACGCCGGCAGAAAUAGCCUCCUACUACCAACACUACGUCUCCCAGAUGUCCCUGGAGGAGAGUUUUGCCUGCGGGACCACCGUCACCUCCGUCACCAGGCAGCCUGGGAACAAGGAGGGGUCGCCGCCCUGCUGGAGGGUGACGGGACUGCAGCGCAGGGAGGGAGAAGAGCUCGGAGACGGUUCCUCGGAGUCUGAGGAGGUUCCGUUCUCGCUGCUGGCUCACAAUGUGGUCUUGGCGACGGGGACCCACGACAUCCCCGCCAGGCUCGGCGUGGACGGCGAGUCCCUGCCCCACGUCUGCCACUCCUUCUGGGAGCUGGAGGCGGCCAUCUCUCGGGGAGAGCUCGACCAAUCGUCGGACCCCGUGCUGGUGGUGGGGGCGGGGCUUACUGCGGCUGAUGCGGUGCUGGCUGCCCACCAUCUCAACACGCCAGUUUACCACGCCUUCAGACGGUCGGUCAACGACCCCGGUCUCAUCUUCAACCAGCUGCCAAAACUUCUCUACCCAGAAUACCACAAGGUUCACCAGAUGAUGACUCAGCAGCAGUACCAGCCUCCCCCUCCCCUUCAGGACCACGCCCAGAACCUUCAUAACUCCUCCACCCCUUCCUCACCUCCAUCCUCCUCUUCCUUGUCCUCCUCCCCUUCCUCUUACCCGGGCUAUCUCAGCUUCCCACGCUACAAAGUCGUAGCUUUCCGACCCGACAAGAAGUGCGUCCUGGAGUCCGACUCCGGCCAUCAAACUGUGGUCCAAGUCUCCAAGGCGCUGGUUCUGAUCGGCGCUCACCCCAAUCUUUCCUUCCUGGGCGACAAAGGGCGUCCACUUGGCAUGUACCCAGACGAGCCAAUCACGUGCCGGAGGAACCCGAUCGAGGUGGACCCGUUCACGAACAACGUGGUCUCAGCAGACGGACCGGGCAUGUACGCCAUGGGGCCGUUGGUUGGCGAGAACUUCGUCAGGUUCCUGAAAGGAGGAGCGCUGGCUAUCGCUAGCGACCUCGCCAAGAGACAAAGGGAGGGACUCGAGAGGGAGGAAGGGUGUUUGCUCACGGAUAGGCUGAUGGACAGAUGGGUGGACAAACGGGUCAGCAACCAUACAGCGUCAGAGAUCUCUGUCCGGGACUCGUAGCGGGUUUCACUGGAGCAAACCAACGUACUGUGAUCUGAUCCAAAGUAACGGGGUCAAGACAAAACAGGAAGUGAUGCAAACGAAUCAAAUUUUCUAGAAAUCACAAAGUAGGAAAAUAAAAAAGCGCUGCUAGGUUGUUUCAAGAAGACAACGAGAAGGCUCUACGACGGGAUUUUGCACCGCGCCGGAGGAGCCUGAUAUCUCACAAGAGCUGCUCAGGACCGUGUUGGGUUCAAAUCCCUCAGACCGGUGUCGUCCUUUAGGAUAGAAGCAGACAGUAAUUCUGCUCAGAUCCUAAAGAGGCCAGUCACAUGUAACCUUGAGAGGGAGAAAACACUGUAGUAAAAGAUGUAAUGGAGACAUGCUGAUGGUGCACUGGGCCCGCCACGUCAGAGUCCAGCCCAACAUGAACGUGUGUCAGUAUCUGUUCUAGAAGUUUAAAACGCUAUCAUCAUACCGGUUCAAACAUAUGCUUAACUUAAACACAUGAAGCUGAAGUUUUUAUGAUACAGAAUUGUUCCCAUCGAGGACGCUUACAGUAAAGAAUACUUUAAAAGAGCGCCCUCUAGUGGUCGAACCCUUUAACGACUGCAAACUUAUCUGGCACAUAUUUAUUAUCCUGCUUAUUAUUGAUACGCAUGCUAAUCAUACGAAGAGACUGUGCAUAUGAAGUGGGUGUGGCCGCCAUAAUGACAUCAUCCAUUGAUUGAACAAGAACCGACUUUCAUUGGCGAAAAAUGAAGCCAGUGUGGAAGUGCAAACACCUGCAGUACCUGGAGUGUCCACUAGAGGCUGGCUCUGAAAGCCAAAGAAGCUCCAUUAGAUUCCAUAUUAAGAUCAUUUUUUGCAAACACCUGCAGUACCUGGAGUGUCCACUAGAGGCUGGCUCUGAAAGCCAAAGAAGCUCCAUUAGAUUCCAUAUUAAGACGAUCAUUUUUACAGCACGGGUUCAAAAGUAGGUUUUGGUCUCUACAGCUCAGUUCUAGAUUAGCUUAGAGUUAGUCUGAGUCAGCGGUUCCAAUGGUGACCAUCCUCUUACCACUUUUCAACCGAGGCAGUUUCAGGGCCGGUUCGGAGCCGGCGCUCAAUUGAGAACCGGUUUUUCGUGCUUAGACUGCGAGUGAACCGGCUCCCGACUGGGAAAACUGGUUCCAGAGCGGCUCCAACUCUUUGCUGGUCUAGAACCGUGAACCGCUUACGUCAGGGGUUGCCGUGAUCAAAAACACAAACCAAGUGAAAAAAUGUAAGAGACUAAUGGAUUCCAAGGCGAAGCAGCGGUCGGUCGAGGAGACAAGCUGCCGUUGUCCGCCAUCGUUGUUGUUAUGAGGGAAAGUUCGCGCUAGCGCUGCUGGGAAAAGCGGUCGCGUAAAUCUGACGUGAUGGCGUGCCUCUUCCACAGGCUCGAGCGGGCAGAAGAACAAACCGGUAUCGUGUUGGUUCAAGAGUUCAACCAGCUCCGAACCAGCGCGAGUACCAGCCCGGAAAUACAACCCGGUUCACGUUGGUCGAAAAGAGGUAUUGGGGGGCUCCUGAGGCCACUUCAGGAACCACAGGGUGACGACAGUGAGACUAGGUCCACGAUUAGACAGUCUGAUUUUAAAUCCAUGCUUGUUUCUUGGAGCCAGAAAUGACCAUAUUUAGACUACAUUUACACGCUUAAUGAGAGCAAGAUGCUAGCAAAAGCUGUGUCCUAGCUUGUGCUAACGCUAGCUUAGUUAGCGUAACAAUUUGGGAUGCCAUUUUCAGCUUAAAAACUAAAUAUAUUUGCUUAAAAUAAACUAAAAAGACGACUUCUUGGAGGCUCUUUCCUUGUUAGGGUUGUGAUGGUCGCACCUUGUCAAUCACAGGUUAGCCCCGCCCUCAAAUGUAACCUUUUUAUCAUUUAUUUUAAUUCGAGCAAGACCAUAAUUAACAAUAAACAUCAAAAUAUAUUAAAGAAGAUGUUAAACUAACCAUUGAGACCAUAAACAUGUUAAAAAUGUAGAACAUUAAGCGCCUGUUUUGCGACAGACUCCCCCUCUGGCCAUCUGAGGAACUGCAGGUCACACUCACUUCCUCACUGGCGUCACUGAAGCCACUCUCACCUCUUAUAUUCAGUCUCUGCUGCCAAUGUUUGCAGAUGAUACUGGCGUGACCUUACAUUUAUGAUAGGAAGUGACAAUAUUUAUGCAGAAUACUGUACGCACAGUACUUUAAAUAUUCCAGGCACAUAGAAACAGCCAGAUCAGCACGUGUGUGCAUGCUUCCAUUAUUGACAUCCUGCUAAUAAUCAGCUGUAAAUAUGACAAUGUUAAGGCUGUGAGUUGAUAAGGAGGUGGACUGGAAGAGGGGAAAGAAGAGCGAGAUCAUGCAGAGUCGUAGUUUAACUCAGCGUCAUAAUCUGCCAUAACACCACUCAUUGCCUCAGUCUCUUUUCUACAGCGACCGUAUUUAUCAUGUCAGUAAAGAAUGUUGUAACACUAUCUCUCACGUACUGUUUCCAUAAGAAGAAGAAGUGCUUCAUCUCUGUCAGAUGUCCAUGUUAGCAUUUGUAUAUUUGGGGUUUGCUGUUGUGUGAAUCUACGGUGCUUAAUCUUUCUAUGUAGAGAUGAUUUAUAGUCACGUAACUGGCAACUGUACCUACCUUAUAUCUUUGUACAUGUAUGACUAUGAAAUGAUGGUUUUAUACUUGAUGUGAAAGCAGAGAAACGUUUAUUUUUUCUAAAAGUCCUCUCCAUGAAAGUGUCUGAUAUGCAGUCAUUGUAAAGUCUGUGUUCUGACACGUUGUGAGAAACAGUCAAUGAAUGAAAGAUAAUCAGCGGGUCUUUAUUAUGACCCGUUCACUCUUGUGUUUUGGCUCAAAAUGAGACGUCAGGUGGGAUUUAUCCUGCAGAUUUAAUCAUCUGAUUUUAGCUGAAGUGUACUUUUGUUUCUGCAUAAUCUCAGUUAAUAAUCACUAUUGUUUGAAAGACUCAAAAUGCAAAGUAUUGAACUUUCUAACCUAAAAAAAAAAAAGACCAAAUGUUCAGAAUCACAGAUUUGAAAUGCAUGCUCACUUUGUAAGUGUUACCACAGUUUAAUCUUAGUUCUGAUUUAGAGAGCGCUAACAGUCAGCUGUGAUCUUCAGAAAGCCGGCCGUGCCUUCUCAAACAUCGUUCACUAAACUUUAUUUCUCCCCGCCGAGAGAAAACGCUUCCUUCUGAAUGUUUUUUUGUUACGCUGUAAAAUCAUGAUCGUCUUUUUUAAACAUGUUUGUAUGAAAGGAGUGAUUUAUAUUCAGGAUCUGUUUCUGUGUCCACACUCAAAUUUUUUCCAUAUUUCCACGUUUGUCUGUGGGUUUCUAUUAAAAGAAUAUUUUUCAGCAAA